GAGGACCAGCCAGAGCUCUGACUGUCUGCUAGCAGCACUGCCCUCACACUGCGCCUUAUCAUCCACAAUGGCAUUCAGCGGCACCUGGCAGGUCUAUGCUCAAGAGAACUAUGAGGAAUUUCUGAAAGCUCUUGCACUGCCAGAAGACCUUAUCAAAGUGGCUCGAGAUAUUAAGCCCAUUGUUGAAAUACAACAAAAAGGAGAUGACUUUGUCGUGACAUCAAAAACACCCAAGCAAAGUGUGACUAACUCCUUUACAAUUGGAAAAGAGGCUGACAUUACUACUAUGGAUGGCAAAAAGCUAAAGUGCACUGUGCAGUUGGUAAAUGGGAAGCUUGUGUGCAAAUCAGAAAAAUUCUCACAUGAACAAGAAGUUAAAGGAAAUGAAAUGGUAGAGACUCUUACUUUUGGUGGAGUUACACUUGUCAGAAGAAGCAAGAGAGUUUAAAGACAGAUCACCUUCUUUGUGACAUCUUUACAUACUUAAAAUAAAGUGCACUUUCCAUAA